AGCGGCAUCAAGCUCCGCCCGUUCCCGUCGCCGCGCGCAGGCCGCGGCCGCUGUAAGGCGCAGGCGCAGGCGCAGCGUGUAACCUCUGCCGCGGCCGCGGAUGCCCCCGGGAGUGACGUGAUUUCCCCAGCAACAUCUGUAAGUCUUUAUUACUCACUGGGGUGCUGACAUUAUUUUCGAAGUGUGAAAUAUCUGCAAGAAUGUUCAGAAAUGAGUAUCAGGGUGGCCCAUUUGUUGAAAUAUUCAGUGCUCAAGGCAAGAAUCCAGGAGCAAAAUGGAAGAUCUAUGGCAGUCCAUCAGCAAUUUGGAAAGAAUUUGAUAAAGAAGUAAAAGGCUUUGUUUUUGUCCUUGAAGGAAGCAGUCAAACAAACAAGAUUCAGCUACCAAAGGAAACUAGACAAACUCUUGGACUGACCCAGCAGUUUCUGGUACUUCAGAUUUAUGUGCCAUUGGGACAAGACUUCUCUACUGAAUUGCUGGUAACUGAUUUAGGAAACAUUAAAAGAAGAUUGUAUUUAUCAACGGUCCAUAAGGAGUUGUCUGUAACCCCUCUGCAUGCAAAACUUCCUCUUUUUAUGAUCAAACGCAAAAUAUGGUGCAAUUUGUGCAUUGACUUGGUAGCAUUCACCAGUGAAAUAUUCAAAGGAGCUGUUUUCCAGUCUUUGGAUGGAAUUAUCAUCUCGGCUAACUGUAAACUGAGAAAGAUCUUCACUUUGAAAUCAAAGCCUCAAGAUACAGCUGAGGAAGAUGCUGAUGACCCCACAGAUACUAUUCCUCGAACCUGCCAGCUAAAUACAGAUGUGCCACAAGUCACACAACUGCUGAACAUGACUAAACUUCGCCAACCAGAAAUAAGAUUUGGAGGUCGUCCCUUAACUUCAUCAGAAUCAGACCAGUUAAUUAAUAGAGGACAAGGCAGUACACACACCAGUAAAAAUCAAGAUGUGUCUCACAUUGCAUUUGGAUCCAAGGUCCUUGGACCACCUCCACCUUCUGGCAGAAGAUUCAACACAAGGGUAUCUGGAGAGAUAACAAAGUCCUUGGGUAGCCGAAGUAGCAGAUCAGGCCAACAACUGACGUUAGAAAAAGGAAACGAGUCAAUACAAGAUACCAAGAGGUCUGGACUGUCUCCCUCACCGUUCUGUAAGGCUUUUGAUCAAGGGGACAAAGAAAAUAUUCACCAAACAAAUCAGUUUACAAAUCAAAAUGAUGACUGGGUAUUUCCUGAAAAUUGCGGUGACAGUUUUCAGAUUGAGUCCAAUGGACAGUCAGUAGCUAUCCACAAUACAUCCUGCAGUAAUUUAUCCCUGCCACUGAAUACUGAUGUUGAAAGUGAAAGCAAGCAAACAGGCGAACACCAAAAAAGCCAUAAAGAGAUUUUCACAUUUUCAUCGAGGCCUCGAUCAGCUCCUCAUGGGAAGUCCCCGAAUAUGUCACCAGAAGGCUGCAUGUCUCCUUUGGAGUUAAAUGAGAACAUUGAUGGGGUCUGUAGAGGAGCCCCAAUGGAAGAUGACUUUUUUGGAAGUGACAGUAAUGAAGAGGAUGACCCCAGUGAAUUCAUCCAAGGUGCUUCAAACCUCAAAACCAGCCACAGUACAUCAGGGUCAGCUGAUUCUACAAUUUUUAAAGCGAUUCCAUUAAAGAUGAUGUCAGGGAGUCCUGAGUACUGGAAGCAUAAAGGAUACAGCAAACAUAGCCACCUGAAAACACUAUCAUCAGCCCCACAAGAUUCGGUUGUGAAAAAAGUAGAGCCUGAUAACAUUCCAAGAAGCUUGAUGCCUACCCCCUGUCUUUCUCCAACUGGAAGUAAACCUGAAUUCUCUAAGGAAAGCCCAAGCACCUUUGAAAAAAAAAAGGAUACAUCAGUGAGUCAAUUAAGAGCAUCAAUAAGUAAAAAGUCCCUCAAAGAAAUCUUACGAGAGAAUUCAAGUCUGAAAGUUGAGACUCCUGAGUAUGACUGGAGAAACUACCAGCCAAGCAGAUUGAGUGCAUCUGAACUACAGAUGUUGGCUAGUAUGAAGAGACAACAAAACGAAGAGCUAGAGGAUAAUGGGAUCUCACAUGGACUGAGUGCAUCUCAGAUUGACAACUGUAAUGUCAGCAUCAGUACAAGCAGUGAUGACACAACAACCUGGAACUCUUGUCUCCCCCCACCUGUCAAUCAAGGUCAUCACUAUCAGAAAGAAAUGAACCCACUUUCUCAUUCCAAUCCAAGAACAGAUAUAAGAUGAACCAGAAGUUACAUACACAGCACAAACAUCUUUUCUUGUUGUUCAUUGUUAAUGGGCUUCAUCGCUCCUAAAGUCACUGUAAAGCCAGUUUUGAAGAGCGCCCAUUUGUUAUUUUAAUGGAACUGUUACCAUAAAAUAAGAUGACUUCUCCAACUACAUGUACAUUAUACAUUACAAUGUAAAGCCCCAGUCAUCCGAAUGCUUACACAUGUGCUUAACAUUAUGCACAUGAGAAAUCCCAUAUACCAAGUGCUUUAUGGAUACUAACCCGAGAGGUAGAAAUUUUGUUUCUGUAUUUCUUCAAAAUAUUUUUGUAGCUUUGGCCCACAAAUUGGGGUGUUUUGACCUCAUGUAGAGUUAGUGAAAUUAUUCAUUGCCAAUAAGUUAUUUGACAAAUUCAGCCCUUUUCAUCUGCUUGUGAAUCAUUCAUGAACCUGUCCUCAUCUUAUAUUCCUAAAUAUUCACGAAAUAGUUUAUGCAAUUAAAUAUCACCUAUCAGUUGUUCCUACAUAAGUCCUCUUCAACUAUUUACUGUUCAUCAUUGUCAGUGUCUGACUGGUCACAUAAGUCAAAUGAUAUUUUUUCUGCUCCCUGAUUGGACAACUCAGUUUUUUUACGCAGAAGAAUAAUCAAUAGCAUAUAAUAAAUAACACGCUUUCUGUUUGGAUUUUGAGAUAAAUGUGCUAAAACUUGUAUAAAGUUUGGGCUUUACAAUAAUUUUGAGCAAAUAAACUUGUUUUCUGAAUACUCAUAAAAACGAAUAACCGUGGAACAAAUAUGCCAGAUUCAUUCACAAAUGUGCUUAUUAAUUAUUAUUUUUUUUACUAUUUGACUAGCUCCAGCCUCACCCUGUCCCAUAAAAACAGAUCAUGACUAUGAAAAUCAGGGUAUGAAGCUAUGACGAUCUGGGAAAUCUGUCUGUACAAUUUCUGAAUUCUGGUUGAUAUUGUGAGGUGGUUGUUAUGAUGUUGCUGUUUCAGGGACAGUGUCUCUAUCUGUUUUGUAUCCACCAUUCCUGACAAAGUUUAAGCACAUCCCUCCCAGACCAGGUACAAUGGCAGGACAGUGAGUUAGCUGGAGCCUAGGAGAAGCUACUUCCUUCUGCUUGUCUGUAGGGAGCAGAGAGUGGAGUGUGGAAAUUUCCCAACAAGACAAAAAGACAGAAGUAACAAGGCAGGCAUUUAAAAAAGACACGCAGAAUUACCAAGAAAGCUUUGGGCAGGAGAGAAGAAGGGGACAGAUUAGUCAGAGAAAGCUGGCUGGUGAGAAGAAGCUCCAUUUUCGGAACACAGACCAUGUGCUGCAGCAGGAGGAUCCUGAAUGCCGCUAGACAGCUCUGACCUAGCCCAAAGAAUGCUUUGGAGUG